ACCCAAAUCUUCGACAUGAAGUUUUUCGUGACCGCCCUUGUUGCUCUGAUGGCCUGCGUCGCCUUUGCCGAAGAGGCGGCUAAGAAAGACGAGAAGAAAGACGUUGAAGCACGGGGAGGAGUGCUUGGCGGCCUCGGCGGAGUCGGCUACGGCGCGGGUCUCGGUACCGGUCUAGGCACUGGUCUCGGCACAGGCUUCGUGGGCAGCGGUCUCGGCGGUGUCGGUCUUGGAGGCGCCGGUCUUGGCGGCGCUGGUCUUGUCGGUCCCGGCCUCGUGGGCGGUGGUUUGGGCCAUGGUGUGGGCCACGGAUUCCAAUCGGGCUUCGGCUCCUCUGCCGGAGGUCAGCAGGGUGGGUAUCAGGGUGGUGCCGCCGGACAUAACCUCGGAGGCGCUGGAUUCGCUGGAGGCGCCGCUGGCAGCAAGGUGAACUCGUACAACAACAACCAGGGCUACAGCCACACCUCCGGCUUCUCCUCUAGCGACGGCAAGACCUUCGGCGCUGGCAACAAGCAGGGAUCUUCUGGAUUCCAGGGAGGCGCAGGUGGCCACCAGGCCGGUUUCGGACAGAGAGGCUUCGGCGGAGCUGGAGGUGUCUCUGGCGGUGGCCUCGGCAUCCACGGCUAGACGACUGCUGUCCACUUGACAUCGAAUGUCAAUGUGUUCUGCUACCACAAUUGGCUU